CUUCGUUGGAGCGGCGUGCGAAGCGCCGGCCUCGGCCGCACAAAAGCUCGUCCUGGGCCAGCCGCGCGUCGAGAGUGCUGCCCGACGGUACGUCGGUCCGUGGGGCGCGCGUCGGCCGCGAGGCCAAGGGCUGCCCCGUCGCACCGUUCACCACACGACGACGAUGGAGGACACGGGCCCGCGCCGCAUCCCUUCAUUAAAACCGAGCGCCUCGCCCACUACUACAAAUGAAACCAUCCAAAACGAGGGCAGCUCCAUGCGCGACUUCGAGGUGUUGAAACUACUGGGCAAGGGCGCCUACGGGAAAGCACUGUUGUGUAGAGACCGAAGAGUAAGAGAAGAGGAGGACGAUUUGGUCGUUGUGAAACAAGUGACGGCGUUGAACCAGCACCAGGCCGACGAAGCUCGGAGGGAAGCCUUGAUAUUGAGAAGGUUGGACCACCCGAACGUCGUGGCGUUCUUCGAGUCGUUUGUCGAGACGUCGCUGGAAGAUGGAGCUGCUCUCCAUAUCGUGAUGGAGUUUUGCGAUGGCGGGGACCUGGACCAAGUGAUAAAACGGCAGCGCAGCACGGGCAAGGUCUUCGACGAAAAUUACGUCAUGCGCAUCUUCGUGCAACUGUUACUGGCGCUGAAGUACGUGCACGCCCAGAAGAUUCUCCACAGGGAUAUUAAACCUCAGAACGUCUUUUUGACGAGUACGGGUCUGGCCAAGUGGGGGGAUUUUGGAGUAGCGAAGUGUCUACAGCACACGACGAGCAUGGCUCGGACACAGACGGGCACGCCCUACUACUUGUCGCCCGAAAUAUUUAACGACGAGGCCUAUUCGUCAGCGUCGGACAUGUGGUCUCUAGGCGUUGUUCUAUACGAGCUGGCUACGUUGAAAUUGCCCUUCCAUGCUACUUCGUUAGGAAAACUUGCGCGGUUGGUCUUGGGGCGAGACCCGCCGCCCCCGAAGCGGUGCUCGCCGGGUUUAAGUGAUCUGUUGGCCAAGAUGCUCUGCAAGCGCGCCACUCAUAGACCGAAGGCGCGGCGACUGUUAAGGGACUCGUUUGUAAGGCACCACGCGCAGCUGCUGCUCGAGAGCACCUCCACGGGAUUGGAUCCGCCGCCGCCUUCCACCCCGCCGCCGCCAUCGCCCGUGCCGGGCCCGGCGGCCGCGCCCGACCAGCCGCCGCCGCCGCGCGGGCCGCCGCCGUCGUCGGACAUCCCGGAGGCGCCCGCGCCGCCGAAGAUCUUCUUCGCCGGGCCCGUCGAGGCCCUGUGCCUCGACGACGUCGUUUCCACGGCGCCGCCGGCGCCGGCGCCGACGUCCGCGCGGCUCUGGCCCCUCGACGGCACGGAAUUGCUACAGGCGGCGUCGCCGAUCGAAUUCAUCGUCAAGACGCCCGAGCGGAGCGAGGCGAGCCCCCUGCGCCGCAAGCGGCGGCGCGAGCUCAAGGACACGCAGCGCCAACAGAUCCUCGCCGAUAAAUUGGACGCGAUGCGCGCCCAGGUGGACCUGCUCAAGCGGCGGUCCGAAUCGGGGCGGGGGGACGCGGCGGCGCGGACGCUGCAGCGGACGUGGCGCCGCGGGCGGCGGCCACCACUCAACGUCGUGCCGCCGCGCCGGGACCGCGUCGUCGUCCACGAGCCGGCGCGAUCCGCGGCCGUGGCCCUCAUCCAGCGGUCCUGGCGGCGGCUCCCGCGGCGCGAGGCGGCGCCGCGCCGCGGGCGGCCGCGGCGGCGGCUCGGCGUGCGCGAGGCGCUGCGGGCCGCGGCCGAGGAGGGGCGCAAGCGGCGGCGCGACUCCGAGGAGCGCCAGCGGCGCCAGAAGCGCGAGCUCGAGGCGAACGGCGGCGUCGUCACGGCGUCGUCCGGCUCGCCGCCGCGCCGGAGCCGCGACGCGUCGCCGGGGUCCGUGCGCCCCUCGCCGGGCCUGCGCCGCGAGUCGCCGCGCGACGCCAUCAGCCGCGCGGCCGCGCGCGGCGCGGCCCGGCGCGCCCAGGCCGAGGCCAAGGCUGCGAAGCUCAAGGCCGAGCUCGAGGAGCAGUACGGCAUCGCGCGCGCGCGCAUCGAGGCCGCCGCGGCCGACGCGGACACGUCGCCGUCGCCGCCGCCCGCGCGGCGGAAGCCGCGGCGCGCGUCGGCGCGCUUCCGGAACCUCUCGCUCGACGACGUGCCCGAGGAGCCCGCGGCCGUGUCGACCGCGGGCGCGGCGGGCCGCGCCGUCGCCGCCGCGCGCGCGCAGCGCGACGACGUCGACGUCCUGGCCCUGUCGGGCAGCCUCGCGUCGAUGCUCCACGCGGCGGAGGAGUCAGACGACGAGUCCGUGGCGCCGCCCGACGAGCCACCGCCCAAUGUGCCCGAGGACGCGGUCGCGCUCGCCGAAUAAUAUGGAUU